AGAUAUAGCAGCCAGUCCACAUAAUGCGGGCCCGGGAUGGUCUAGAUCUGGAAGGUUAAUUACUGAGACCCACCUGCUGACCCUUACCCAUGUUCUUCUGCUCCGGGGGACCUGUCCUCCUGCGCUCCCCAGGAAACAUGCUUAUCUUCUGGAUGUCUUGUGGAUCACUUCUCCCUCCCCUGGUCCUCUGCUAUAAUGGAAAAGAACGCUGCACAAUCCAGGAGAACAAACAAUAUCAUGUGUCCCCUGUGCUUGAGUCCCUGCGGUGCUACAAUGACUACAGCUCCUACGUCCGCUGUAGCUGGGAAGAGAGUCGACGCGCGUCCUCACAAGCCCUGUUAGCCCUAUACUACUGGGACGACACUGAGAACCGUGAGUCCCUGUGUAAACCCUAUGGUCAGCCAGCAUCGAAUGCCAACAACAGCAAGCUCACCGCCCAGUGUCAUUACAACACUCGUGACUUUGGCAUCAAUACCAACCAUGUCUUCUUCUUCAAGACCUCCUGUCCCCCUGCCCUGCUUCUGUCUAAGAAUCUGAGGGUGCGUCCACCAGUCCACUUAUCACAGCAGCCUGUAGAGAGAGGGGGCCGUUUGCUCAGCUGGGAAAGCCCCUACCCCCCAACGUCCCUCCUGACCCCCACUCUCAACUAUCAGGUCAACUACAGGAGGUCUAACCAGGAUGACUGGACAGCAGUGAAGGUUCAGGACACCCAGCUGAGUGUGGAGGCUGAAGAUCAGGUGCCUGGCUGCCAGUAUGAGGCCAAAGUUAGGGCAAAGGGGAAGACGGGACUGUGGAGUGAGUGGAGCUCUCUAGUGACCUGGAUGACUGAGGACGACCCUGUGCCAGGCCCCUCCAGUGCGCAGUGUGUGGUGGAUGACGAGAAAGUGGUGACAUGCAGCUGGGAGGUGAAGAGAGACCUGGCUCAGUUCCUUACCUUCCAUCUGUCCUGCAAACACAACCACACUGCACCAGCCCAGAAAUGCUGUGUUAACACCAUGGUCAGCACUCCAUCCAGGGGUCUAAUGCUCAAAUACAGCUGCUCCUUCCCUGUCCCAGACUCAGAGCAGCUAGAGGUGGAGCUCAUCCCCACAUGCAACAGCAAAAUGUUUAAGACGCAUAAAAACAUCCGUCCAAACCGUCCACUCCACGUGCAGAUAGAAGCUCGAGACGGGAACUGGCUUCUAAAAUGGAAUCCGCCAAAAUCAAAUGUUGAACUCACCUAUCAGGUGCACUACUGGAGUAAUGACACUCGGGAGGACACUAGGUUCCUCAAUGUCUCCCAGGGGUCCCUCUCGCUCUCCAUCCUGGGGGGGUCCCUGCGCCCCUCUGAGUGCUACCUGGUUAAGGUGAGAGCCCUGGUGGUCCCGGGAAGGGGUGAUACUUUCGAAGGACCCCCCUCAGAAUGGACCGACCCAGUGGAGUGGACCUCACGACCAGCUUCCUGGUCCAUCACCACCUUCCUCUACAUCUUCAUCAGUGUACUGGUGGCCAUUGUCUUCAUCGCUCUCUAUGUUACCAUACCAGCCUGUCACAGGAGGGUAGUCCUGUGGGAGGUGUCUGUCCCGUCGCCCCUCAAGAGCAAGGCACUGGGAGAGGUCAUUAAGAAGUCUCCUGAUAGGUUGUUAUUUCCCGAGAGUGAGAGAAGUGAAAAGACCUACAUCUGCAGCGUACAGACACUGGAGAGCAGGGAGGAUAUCAGUCUCUGCUUUAGCUGCUCUUCAGAUAAUCCAUUGUGGUUGACCCCAGAUGUACAGGCCAAUGGACUGUUGCAUUCCAUUACCAAGGAGGGGUGGAAGAAGUAUGACCCAAACUUUUCCUCCCUACUUCUGUUGUCUGUGGACAGAUCUUGCCCUCCUGCUCUAGACUCAUCCGGCUUCAGCUUCAGUGGCCCUUACAUCUUGUGUGGUGACAGUUCACCGGCGCCGAGUGAGUCCGACAACACUCUCUCUAUCUCUGACCCCUCUUCUCCCUCUGCCCCAUCCUUCUUGGAGUCAAGUGAGGGCUAUGUGGCGAUGCCUCAGGUCAGUGCUGGCCUGUCCAGAUCAACAGAGGGAGUGUCUGAUGGUCUUAUGAGCGCUGUAGUAACGGACGACAGUAAGAACACUGGUAACAACAACGGCAACAAUGUCGUCAUCAUGGCAUGGCCCAAGUCAGAGCUCCUCCCACCCCGACCUAGCUCUAUGUCCACCUGCUCACCACCCAGUGAGAAUGAAGACCCUCCUCCAGCGUACAUGGCCCUCACCACCACCACCCCCUUCACCUUGCCCCCAGUGGACCCUACCCUACAUACCUCUGGGUACUGCUUCCUCCCGGCUCUACAGGCACUUGGGGGCUGGGGCCAUGUGCAGUCUUCUGGGCCACCUAAAGGGGGCAGUCAAGAGCAGCAGGCAGGGAGGAGAGAGAGGAGGCAGGAGGAGCAGUGCAAGGAGGAUCCCUAUGUCAGACUGUCCCAGCUAGCCACUUAGCUAACCCCAUCUAAUGCUGGAAUACAUGCUCAGGACAUGAGGGCCUCUAUAGGCCACUGUUCUCAAUAUUUGAUCACCUGAUUGAACUAGUCCAACUAAUAAUCAAGCUCUUGUGAUUAGUUGAGUCAGGUGUGUUAGUGUUGGAAUGGACCACGUGUUAAACUACUGAUUUGUGGUCACUGAAGACUGGGUUGGGAUUGAGAAAGACCUCUAUUUCUAGGAGGGAAAACUGUGGAGCAUCAUAUAGUAGCCGUCCUUGAUUACUUACAAUGCCCAGCAGAUGGCAGCACUGUACUUACUGUGUAUCUAUUGAACUCAGAGGUGGCCUAUGGAUUCUACUGUAAGGACUAACUACAAACACAGAAGUAUACUGCAGUAAGCCAUUCCUCUCUGGGUGGUAAGGUGACUCAGGGCCAGAAUCCCAGGUUUCCACCACAUCACAUGGAUGGCAGGGUGGCACUGUUGAGUUGGUGAGCGCAGCCUUAUGCCUCUGUCAGUGCCAGUGGCUGUUCCCGUCGUUCUACAGCAGGGGUCGGCCCACGGGCCGCAAAGUGUUGUGUUACAGAAUCAAAUCAAAUGUCAUUUGUCACAAGCUUCGUAAACAACAGGUGUAGACUUACAGUGAAAUGCUUAAUU